CCUGAACUGCAUUCAGGCAAUGGUGUGAAGGCUCAAAACUAAAUCAGUUGUUUCAGUUCCUAAGACUAUCCUGUCUCCUGGCACAUUGUUACGUUAUAUUAAACAUGAGUAGUUGGAUCUUAACAACCACAAGAGACCACCCAUCUCUAUCCGUCUUGUCUGGGUAAUGUUCUUAGAAAAAAAAUCAAUGAGUCCUUAUCAAAUCCCAGUGCCAGCUUGCUGGCACUUAAAGGGCAACAGAGGAAAGAAAAUUUCCAUUUUUAACAGAAACAGGCUGAGAUAAGAUUUUAGGUACAUUCUAAACUAAGCCAAAUUUUUUUCAGUGAAUUAAUUCAUAUUGAAUAUUGUUCCUAAUAUCCAUGCUGUAAGGAGUUUGUGUGCAUUAACUAUCUUAAAAAUUGAACAAGGUGAUCUAACAAAACAUAUAGUCAUAUUUAUCUCAAAUGUUUUUAAGAGGUCCAUCUUGUCUUAAGAUUCUAGUACAUUGUAUUUGCCUGGAAUGUUUUUAUAUAGUAAAAGUUGUGGCUCACUCACUAAUUCAAUGAAGUAUUUGUUACAGGCUUACUGUGUGUGGAACAUUAUGGGUGAUUUUGUCUGAAAUUAUACAUCUAUCCAUUUAUUUAUUGCAUGUUAAUAUGUGCCAAGAACUGUUCUUGGUACUGGAAGUGUUGUUAAAGCAACAUUACCAGUGAGGUCUCUGGCCCUCCUGCAACCUGGCUGUCAAUGGGGAAGUAAGGCAAUAUACAAGCAAACAAGUGCAAAUAUAAUAUAAUCUUGGAAAGGAGAGCACAUGUAUUGUCCAAUAUUAUGUAAUGGCAGCUGGGAAAUUGGAUCCCAUGACAUAAUGCCAGCAUGAUCUUACUUUCCUAUAGGGCAAAGUAUGGAGUCAUCUACAGUCAUCUUAGUAACCUAAACACGUGAAGUAUAUAUUCUUAGUCCCUUUUCUUCAGAUGAAGAAACUGGGGCCCAAAGAGAUUGGGUAGAAUUUCUUUACCUCAAGCUAGUAAAUGGCAAAGGUUUUGCAAAUAAAAACUGUGCCUCUGACCUGAGGUCACAUGGGUCACGUGGUUUUUCUCUGCAUUAUUACAUGGUGUGUUUCAGAUUAUUCAUCCAAAAAUUCUUUCUUUCCUGCAUUUCAAUUUUAGGUUAAAAAUCUUUAAGGAGUAGAAAACCUUUUACCAGAUCCUGACAGUUACAGCUUUUGCUUUUGAAUUGGAAAGUACUUUUGAUAAAACCUCUUAUCUGCCUAGUGGAGAACAGAAGGAAAGGGAGAAAUUGUUAUUAAAAACUAUCCUUUCACACUGCAUGGGUUUUCACAAAUCUCAGCCUUCUCAAGGCUGAUUACGCUCUGCAGUCUUCCUUAGGAAGUGGAUGAAAAUUUGAGCUGGUAACACAAACAGGAAGGCUCAGAGGCAGCGUUUGUCCUGCAGGCACCACCUCUUUAAAUAGCUACUCUGCAGUGGGAAUUAGCCCUCCACUUAGACAAGAAACUCCAAGGCCCUUUGUUUCUCUGGCCCCGCAGGGCUAGUGGCAGCCAGCACUGUCCUAUCCCCGAGGGGGAGGCCCUGCUCAGCGGGUGCAAGGUGUGGAGCUGGGAGCUGGUGGAUGUGGGCUCAGGGUGGCCUCCCCAUCUCUGGGCCAGGAGGACACACAGUCACACAGAUGUUUUGUGCUUCUCUCUUAUGAAUAUCAUCCUUAAGACGUUUAACUGCUGUAAGAAAAUCCAUUCCUCGCUGCCGAAGAAUGAACAGGAUGCUCUCCAGUGAAUCCUUCCAUUCUUCUGCAUUCAGCCGCUCUAACUCACAAGCCUCCGUAGACAGCGCUUCCAUAGACAGCGCCUCCAUGGAGGACUUCUGGAGGGAAAUAGAAAGCAUUAAAGAGAACCAUGCGGGACAACAGGGAGGACAGGAAGAGCAGGAAGAGCAGACGCCCGCCGAGGUCAAGCCUGUGGAUGAAGGAGAACUUGAAGCAGAGUGGUUGCAAGAUGUGGGUUUAUCAACCCUCAUCUCAGGUGAUGAAGAGGAGGAUGGCAAAGCCUUGCUCUCCACAUUGACUCGAACCCAAGCAGCUGCAGUGAAGAAGAGAUACAAUACUUACACUCAAACCAUGAGAAAAAAGAAUAAGCAAUCUGUCAGGGAUGUCAGAGACAUCUUUGGAGUCAGCGAAUCUCCUCCAGAUGAUUAUUGUUGUAUCCCAACUCCUCUUUUGGAUGAGACCCUGGAUGAAGAAGGGAUAUCAGCAAUUCCCUGCAGAAAUGGUCAACUGCCAGGUGAUUCCUGUGACCACCUUACUUCUCAGUUGGAUGGCACCGAGGAGGAAAAAGAGCUGCCGGGAGUUAUCAAAGCAAGUGUUUCCUUGCCAGAUGAUGCUUCUCUCAACAGUACCACCCUGUCAGAUGGGUCCCAGGAUGAAGGAAGUUGUGCAGUCCCCAGGAGUGGGUCUUUGUCUACUGUUGAGACUAUUCCAGAUAUAUCAGUUCAUCCCAAUGGAUCACCAGACCCUGUACAGUCAGUGCAGAAUGCAGUGAGUGGUGAUGAUUAUCUGGAAAAAAACAUUCCCCCAGAAACUGAAGAGCUGUCCUUUGAAGUAUCUUAUUCAGAAAUGGUUACAGAGGCUCCAAAAAGAAAUAAAUUUAAGAAGUCAGAUUUUAAGAAAGAAGACUAUGCUUUAACUAGAUUCAUUGUUCAGAAAACCAGAUUUGGCCUAACUGAAGCAGAAGAUCUAUCUGCUGAAGACAUGAAGAAAAUCCGCCAUCUCUCUCUGAUUGAAUUGACGGCCUUUUUUGAUGCCUUUGGAAUUCAACUGAAAAGAAACAAAACAGAGAAAGUAAAAGGGCGAGACAAUGGGAUUUUUGGAGUUCCUCUGGCAGCCCUCCUGGACAGUGACCGAAAGAAGGACCCUGGAGCCAAAGUCCCCCUGGUGUUACAGAAGUUUUUUGAGAAAGUUGAGGAAUCGGGUCUGGAGUCUGAAGGAAUUUUCCGACUUUCAGGAUGUACUGCCAAGGUCAAGCAAUACCGUGAAGAACUGGAUGCCAAGUUUAAUGCUGAUAAAUUUAAGUGGGACAGAAUGUGCCAUAGAGAAGCUGCAGUAAUGCUGAAAGCAUUUUUCAGAGAACUCCCCACCUCUCUCUUCCCUGUGGAAUAUAUACCUGCCUUCAUCACCCUAAUGGAAAGAGGGCCUCACAUCAAAGUACAAUUUCAAGCCUUACACCUCAUGGUCAUGGCACUGCCUGAUGCCAACAGGGACACAGCCCAGGCCCUCAUGACAUUCUUCAAUAAAGUGAUUGCCAACGAAUCAAAAAACCGAAUGAGUGUAUGGAACAUUUCUACUGUAAUGGCACCAAACCUUUUCUUCAGCAGAAGCAAACAUUCUGAUUAUGAAGAAUUACUGUUAGCCAACACCGCAGCCCACAUCAUCCGCCUGAUGCUUAAGUACCAGAAAAUUUUGUGGAAGGUUCCAUCUUUCUUAAUUACUCAAGUCAGAAGAAUGAAUGAAGCCACCAUGUUGUUAAAGAAACAGCUGCCUAGUGUCAAAAAGCUGCUCAGGAGGAAAACCAUAGAGCGAGAGGUUACAAGUCCCAAAGUUUCGAAGGUACUACAAAAAUCACCCUCUUCAAGAAGACUGUCUGAUGUGCCGGAAGGAGUCAUAAGGGUCCACGCUCCACUUCUCUCUAAGGUGUCCAUGGCCAUUCAACUCAAUAGUCAAACCAAAGCCAAAGACAUACUGGCGAAAUUUCAAUAUGAGAACAGUCAUGGUUCAUCAGAACGCAUUAAGAUUCAGAACCAAAGGUUAUAUGAGAUUGGAGGAAAUAUAGGGCAGCAUUGUUUGGAUCCAGAUGCUUAUAUGUUGGAUGUGUACCAUGUAAAUCCUCAAGCAGAAUGGGUGAUUAAACCCAAAUCAAGUUUUUGAAGUACCUUCCCCGAUGGCAGCUAUCAUGUGUUAUAUACCAAGAAGACCCUCCGUUUGGUAGGGGAGAAGCCACAUUGCUUUUUGACGUGUUUGUUCCUAUAACCCUCUUGGUGUUUCUCAGCCCAAAUGGUGUCUUCCUGCAUUGUCAGCAUGAACUUUGGAAGAGGACCUGGUUGACUGUGAGCUGAUGCUGUCUCAUGAUGGUUCCGUAAAAUGAGUGAAGGAAAGAAGAUUUGAUCUUUCCAGAAGAAAGACUAAUCUUGAACAUGCAAGUCUAAUCAUUUCUGGCACUUUGACUUCACAGCAGAAAUGAACUUGGUCCUAUGCCUGGAGAUAAGAAACACUUCUUUGCGUAGCAAAUGCUACCAAAUGUAAGAGGUGGAAAAGACUUUGUUUUAAAUACUUAUAGACAUAUAUUGACCUUUCUGAACAAGAAUGCCAGAAAUAUCAGUAAUUUCUGCUCUGUAAAAUAAUUCAGAUCUACUCUCCAAAGGGAUUCGCUUUCUUAAGUUGCACAUACAAUAUUUAUGCUCUGACCUAACUUCUGCUUAAAGAACACUGUGUUGUUAUGUUUGCCAUCCUGUAUUAUCACUGUCACCAUUCUGAUGCAAAUGGUCAUUUCUUCAUCUUGAACUAUUGAAAACUGUAUUUGUAAGGCUUAUUCUCUUAUGAUCACAGGUCACCAUGGGGAAGGUUAGUUUGACAAAGAGUGUUCUUAUGCUUCCAUAACCUUCUGUAUACGUAGUAGUCACAGAGCCUCUAUUUUCGUAUCAUGAUUUUGGUGCUCAAUGAAUUGCUUUACAUGUGCCAGACACAGAUUUCCUUUCCUGAUCAAAUACAUCAUUUUUAAAAAUAUUUUGCAACUGUCAGUAGUCACUUCUGCAGCCCCAAUUGAAAAAUACAAAACCUUCUUUAUCCAACUGUUCUUUAUCCAAGAAUGCUGAAAAAUACUGUUAUAUUCAAAUUGUACAUGCUGUAAAAGCAGAUAUUGUUCUGUUCAUCAAUCAUGGACAUGACCAAGCCCAGAGGAUUAGCAUUAGGCUUUAAAAUCACAUGCAUAUUUGGUAAACUGAAACCUGUCAUGCUAUUGAGAGCCUGCAGAGCCAUUUUCCAGACCUGCAAUUAUCAAGAACACAGUUCUCCACAAUUCUAAUCGAGAGCAAAUCUAAAACAUGCUGAGGUGUCAGUUCUGCCUUGUAUCUUGAGACCUCAGAUACUGUCCCUCUAGGAUUUCCUGGAAAUGGGAAAAGAGGUCUCAUUUAUUCCAAGUGUGUGCUUUGGAUUAGAAUCCACAGGUUGAGAUUUUGAUAAAUUUAUACUGGUUUUAAUGAGAUUUAACACCCAAAUGACUCUCUUGCAAUUCAAACAGUAGACAAAAUUGCCCACAAAUGCAGAAAAAAUCUUAUCUGCUUACCAGUCUCAAAACAUAAUGUGGUAAUAAUUUAAGCCUAUAUAUAUAAGAAAAAUUUUGUAUGCUGCAUUAUGCCUAGAUAUGUUAAAAACAUUAGUUAUAUUUAACAUGUAUAAUUGUAUUUCCUGCCAUUAGGAUUUUGUUUUGUUUUUAUAGAAAACUGAAGUAUUCAUUUUAUUUGCUUGUUUGAGAAUUUUUAUUUCCUUUGACUGAAAACCCAUUGGAAGGUAAAUGUGUCUUAAAGAUUUAUAUUUAAACAUAUUCUUACAUUUCAUCAUUUUUGCAAUGUAUGGCUAACUGAUAGCACAUGAAUUUGCAUGAUGAAUUUUGAGAGUCUGAAAAAUUACUUUUUUGUUUUUACAAUUCAAUCAACAGAGGUAAACAUUUUACUUUAUGUAGUUGUUAGGUUGCAAGACAUAAAGUGGCACUAAUUAUGCCCACACACAAAGAAGAAAUUCUUCAAAUUAGCUACCUUACACUUCUAUGAAUAUAUGAAACCAUAACUGAUUUUUCUCAUGGUAGUUCCUAUCAUUUAGAGUAGUUAAAUGCUGAUGUGUUUAUGUAUAAAACUCACAGAUCUACUCAUUUAAUUUUUAUUUGGGAAUUUUCAUUUCAUCUGACUGAGAACACAGUAGGACCUCAUACAUAAAUUCUAAGGGUUUAAGCUUUAUUCCACUUGUCAUCAGUUUUAAAUAAAUGGCUAACAGAUGGCAGGUAAAAAAAAAUAGGCUUCUGGGUUUCUUACCCAGUUCUAUGUGGUUUUGGAUGUCAAAGAUAUAGUUGAGUCAAUAACUUUAGAUUAAUCACUUCAAUAUAUUCAAGGAUGUGACAACUUUCAAGUAACUAUAUAACAUGGAAGGCCAUGUCAAUCCCAGUAUCAAUGGAUAUAACUUUUAUUCUUAGUUUUUUCAAUAGGAGAGUUUUCAGUAGGGAGACUAAUUUGUGUGUGGGUAAUGAGGUUCUUUUUACUAAUUUUUACCCUUAAAGAAUAAAUAAACCCCUACAAUUAAAAUUCAAAAAUGCCUGUUCACGAAGUACUGAAGAAAGCUAUUUUUGCCUUAGCAAGAGUUGUUAUAGAAGACUUACAAUGAAAAUGUCCCUUCUUUCUGUCAAGCACAUUUCAACAGUUCUUCACAAAUCUAUCACACGCCUGAAAAGAAUAUAUACAAUGGGAUUGAAUAUUUUACAGUUUCUGACAGGCCUUCUCAACUGUUUUCCAUAAAUAUGUCACUUAAUGAAAAAUAACAUGACAUGGGUUAAAAUGUUUCUUUCAAGUAUUUUCAACAGUUUUACAUACACGCACAUACACACACACCUUAGUUUAAAAAUAACAUCUUUUCUUCCAUUUUUCCAGCAAUUUUCUAAAACUGUGAUUCGUUUGAAAAAAAUCACAUAAUGCCAAUGUUUUAUGUUGUCUCCCACCUCAAACUUAAUGUUGAUUCUUUUGCCCCAUCAGCUUUCAUUGUUAAGUAUAAUAUGUACGUUGCAUUUUAUCCAUAAAAAUAAAGAGAGAAAAACUAACAGCA